AUGGCGUCCCUUCGGGGAGAGUCUUCUCUACCGUUCGUCGAUAACACACGCCAAAAUCGAACAGAUACAGAAGAUGAAGAGCCACUAUUUGGUGGCACGCCAUUCCGUGAUGCUCAUGCAAAUACAACGGAUGCAUUCGAAUCGAGUGCCCGUUCAUAUUAUUCUCUUUUGAAUGUCGACGAGGAUGCCUCAGAAGCUCAGAUUCGCGAUGCAUACAAGACUCUUGCUAUGGCAUUUCAUCCCGAUAAACAUCCCGAUCCGCAUAAUAAAGAGCUUGCGGAGGAAGCUUUCCGAGACAUCCAUAAGGCGUACCAAGUCCUGAGUGAUCCAGAGCAGCGGUCGGUCUACGAUCACUUUGGCGAGGAAGGUCUCCAGUCUUCAUGGGCUCUAGCAGCUCCUGGACGCUCACCGGCCGAGAUGCGCGCAGAGUUCGAGCGCCAAUCUCGACUUCGACAGGCAGCUGAUGCAGAGAGUCUUGUAAACUCUCACGGUGAAUUUUCUGCUGUGAUCAAUGCAUCACCCCUGUUUGUUCGAAAUGCACGAAUCGUGUCACCAUUGAAUCCUGCUAUCCAGACAAGAUUAACCCUAGCCAAGCGUCUUGCGCUUGUUUCGUGCCCACAGAUUGUUGGAGAGCACGGCUUUGAUAUUCCUCUGACGCAAUCUUCAACUUUGGCCGUUUCAGGCCAACUGAUCAAAAACGGACAAAUGGGUGCAGGUAACCUCAUUGGUACACUAAAGACGCAUUGGAAUCCCAGGUUCUACUCCGAGAUAAAUGCUUCCCUUUUACAGCCUCAAACACUCACAGUCCGAGGCCAAUACAUGGUCGAUCCCAAUCUCAUUUUCAAUUGGAUUAUUGCAUCGCAAAGUUGGAGUGUGCCUCCCACGGUUCAAUUAGUAUGGUCGCAGCGACUUUCGAGUAAAUCAAGUCUAACAGGCUUUGCACAAGUCAAGACGGGCGCAUAUACUGUUGGUUCCUGGGGCGCCGAUGAAAACGGCGAACCACUGACAGAUGAUAUGAGUGCGCUAGUUGUUGGCGUAACGAAACCACACGAGGAUGGCACCGAAUGGACAUGCCAUUACCAAUUCACGAAUGACCUAUCCAUCCACUAUGAAUGGUCUAUGAAAGUGUUGAGUGGCAUGAGGGUCAAGAGUGGUGUAUCUUGCGGAUUGCUCUCUGGAUUGGCGGCCUACUCGAACAGUGAGCGCCGGGUCACAGAGAACAUACGAGUCCUCUUGGGUGUCAAAUGCGGCACCUCCUCGGGCAUCUCAUUGAAGAUUCGUGUGACGCGCCUGGGUCAACGAAUCGUAUUCCCCAUCGUCCUAAGUCCCAAGUUCCGGGUGGAUCUAGCUAUGGGAGCAGCUAUUUUACCUGCUCUGGCCAUUGCUGGAUCACACUAUUUCUACUUUAUGCCUAAACGCCGGCUUGCCACCUCUGAACGUCUUCACUCGAUACGCAAAGAUCGUAUGACUGACAUUGAACAGCGCCGCACGUCCGCCGAACAAACUUGUGCUCUUCUGCGUCCUCAAGCCACAAAACGUGCAGAGGCCGAAUAUGGACGGAGUGGCCUUGUCAUCCUUCAGGCAUACUAUGGCCGACAUGAUGUUUUUCCACCGCCGAUGGACUUGGACAUACACAUGCUAGCGGACAAAGAACAACUCUUUUCGAUGCUUUCGCAGUAUGAAGCGCUGCACCAAGUCAAAGAUAACAACCAGCCACUGUGGUGUAAUGUGCGCGUACAGCUCCAAAUGCUAGUAAACCAGAGUCAAUUGGUGAUCCCUGCUGGCCGAUCCAAGUCCAAGCUACUCGGAUUCUUUGAUCCAUGUGUCGGUGAACGCAAGCAGCUUUAUAUCCGCUACCUAUUCCGCGGCAGACUGCAUGAACUAACGGCUCAUGAUGAUGACGCCGUUGCCGCGCCGCUGCGGAGCCAACAGAUCACAUAG